AGCCCCGCCCCCAUCUCGGCUGUCGAGGGUACAGCCUUUGUUUUGGGACGCCGAGUAGUCCUGAAAAAACACAAAACAAUGUGUUGGGGAGAGUCAGAGGACAUUUCAUAACCUGGCAGAGAAGCUUAGAAGCAAAAUAUUUGAGAAACCCUGCUCUAGGCCAUCCCAUUAAACACUCCCAGGGCAGGAUAGAUUGUGCAAAUCCUUUCAGGGCUGUCUGUAAGCCAGCCAGCCAGACGAGAGAGAGAGAGAGAGAACAACACAGGACCCUUAUUUCACCAGGAUCAAACAGACUGCUUCACCUGUAACAAGGAAGCUUUUUGCUCUGCAAGUCAAAAGAUGCAAGGUUCAAGUGAUCAGCCUAAUUCUGCGAAAUCACAACUACGGGAGAAACAUGUCUGGGAUUCUGUGAAAAAAGCUGCCUUCAUCCUGGGCUCAGGACUCUUCGUGUUUGCAGCCUUCAGGAACACUGUGACCUGGCAUUUGCAGCAGUUCUGGGGAGCUUCCGGGGACUUCUGGCAGUCACAGUGGGGAAAAGCGCACAGUUACUUCCAAGGCAAUGAAUGGGUUCUCUUCUUCCUCGGUACCAUGGUGAUUCCGACUAUGUCCUUCUGGAUUUUGAACGGGCUCCUUCUGAUUGUGGAUGCCACAGGGAAACCUCAGCUGAUUACACGCUACCGGAUUCAGAGGGGCAGGAAUGACCCGGUGGAACCUGCUAAGCUUCAGCAAGCCAUCAGGACAGUUGUAUUUAACCAGAUUUUCCUGUCGCUCCCCAUGGUAGUGGUAAUGUACCCUAUCAUGAAAUGGAGAGGUAAUCCUUGUGGCACUGAGCUCCCCACUUUUCACUGGGUCCUGCUGGAGCUCUGCUUCCUUGGGCUGCUGGAAGAGGUGUUUUUCUACUAUUCUCACAGGCUUUUCCACCAUCCAAUGCUUUACAGACACAUCCACAAGAAGCAUCAUGAAUGGACUGCCCCGAUUGGCAUCGUGUCCCUGUAUGCACAUCCUGUUGAGCAUGUGAUGUCUAACAUGCUGCCACCUAUGGUUGGACCAAUCAUCCUGGGAUCUCAUGUGGCAACUACGAUGUUGUGGUUUUCGUUGGCACUGCUGCUCUCCACAAUUUCACAUUGUGGUUAUCACCUCCCACUACUGCCGUCACCAGAGUUUCAUGAUUUUCAUCACCUCAAGUUUAAUCAAUGCUACGGAGUACUGGGAGUCCUGGAUCGCCUACACCAGACUGACACCAUAUUCAGAGAAACCAAAGCAUAUGAGCGUCACACACUCCUGCUCAGCCUUACUCCUCUGUCUGAAAGCAUUCCGGACUCCCCCAAGCACAAGUGAAGGAUCCUUAAAACCUCCUGGUAACUGCAUAAUCUUUUAACCCUUUCCUCAUGGAUCAUUAACACUUACUGGUUGCAGUUUGGCAUUUUGAGGAUUUUUUAAAAUGCUCUUCUGAGAAGUCUAUCUUACAUGCUGAUGUUUAUUCAGAAGCACUAACUGCAGGGACUCAAUAAAUUAGUGGUCUAAAUCAUAACUUCUGUAAAUUUUUUUUAUAGUACACAAAUAAAGUGUGUUUUAAACUGUU